AUGCUCCUGGUCAAGAGUUUACUCCUUUUAGCCUGGACAGUUAACGCGUGUGAUGGCUUGCGUGUGCAAGAUAUGUUUCCAAGUGAGUCUGAUACCUGUGCGUCAUCAGGAAGGAGCGAGAGCUUCCCUCUCCUCCGUGGGGUGAUCUCCCUGCCCCGAAGACUGAGAGAGUGGUGGGACCUGAGGCGUAGGGCCACUCAGCAACAGACAACAGCCCCGACGUGUGUGUCCCCGAAACUGACGUGUGACCCACGCGCCAAGUACCGCACCCCAGACGGCUACUGUAACAACCUGAAACAUCCCGCCUGGGGUACUCCGGGCUGGCCCUUCAAGCGGAUUCUAGCCCCAGCUUAUGACGACGGGCAGAAUGCUCCGAGAGCCUACGGUGUAUCGGGGCGGCCUUUGCCAUCUCCCCGGGUCGUGAGUCGUAUCGUUCACACAGCUGACUCCGACAAUGUCCUGACGGAUAGACUCACCAGCAUGUUUACACAUUUUGGCCAAUUCCUGGACCAUGAUUUGGACUUGACGCCGCUGACGAACAGUGAUUCUGAGCUGGACUGUUGUGAGGAGAUGAUUCAGUUCCCAGUGAGAGGCUUCUACACGCACCCACCCACCUCCUCGUUGGCUUACUUAUUGAAAAGGACGACGCCAGGAAGGGGCUGGACGACCUGAUCAGAGGCACCCUAAGUGACAUGUCUCAGGGAUCUGAUCGCUACUUUUCCCACACUCUCUCCCGCAACCUUUUCCGUAAUGGCGGCCGCAGCCUCGAUCUGGUCUCCCUUAACAUCCAGCGCGGCCGCGACCACGGACUUCCGCCUCACAAUGACUUCCGGAAAAUGUGUGGACUGUCCAGACUGAGCUCGUCGCCUGAGGCACCGCUGCUGGAAGUUUACGAAGAUAUGAACGACGUCGAUCUCUUCAGCGGGGCAUUGACGGAAGAGCAUGUGGAAGGGGGAGUGGUAGGUCCCACUUUUGCCUGUCUUAUCGCACGUCAGUUUCGGGACCUCAAGUUUGGCGAUCGCUUUUGGUAUGAGAAUCCAGAUCCACACACCGGUUUCUCAAGAGCACAAUUUCGAGCAAUCAAAAAAGUGAGCCUGGCUUCCCUCCUGUGUACUGUGACAAACCUAGAGACAGUGCCAAAAUCGCCUUUUGAAACUGUGUCCUUUCGCAACAGAGAAUUGUCCUGCACCGAUGUUCCUAGCCUUGACCUUGGCCACUGGAUGAACCCAGUUCCUUUGUGAACAACAUUCGGCAGAAACAGAAAUGUUGUACAAGAAAGUGACCUACCAAACUCUUCGUAAAUGGUGACAGAGAGUUCACGGACAGAUCAUGGGGGCGCUGAUUCUUCAAUAGUCACCGAACUUUUUCCAAAUGUAUUUUUGUGGGGAGUCUGUUUAUUUAUCUAGCUAUCUGAAUUAUCAUUUAUUAAUUUGUUUGUUCACAAUUUGUUUAUUUGUCUAUCUAUUCAAAUCAUCUUUACGCUUACCGUUUUAGGAUUUUUCUAUCCUUUAAUCUAUUUAACCUUUCUAUCAGUUUGUUCAUUCAUUUGGUUGUGAAGUAUAUUAUUUGAGCCUGUCUUUUGAUAGAAAUAUCGCAGACGAGGAUUGUUGUUGUUUUUUUUAAGUUGUUGUUGUUGUUGAUUGGGGUUUUGUUUGGAGAGUGUGUUGUUUUU